AACAGUUUUGAGUUCCACCGAUACGAUCCAGGAUGCCCUUGUCUUUCGUCGUGAACUUCCUCGAGGAUGCCUACUCGAGGCUUGGGCCCAACGGUGGCCUCAUUGUAUUGAACCCGCACAUUCCAGAGGAAUUUCGCACGGAAUGGUUCUUGACGCCUAAACAACAUGCCGUCGAGACGAUUGCAUUUGGCUUUCUCUAUGCAUCCAUUGCUUGGUUCUGCCAUAGUCGUGCCGUUAAAAGCGAGGCUUGGAAGGCUCUUCAACCUGCCCGGGCGCCAACGGCUGUGGAUUGGGUCUGUUUUGUGCUGGCGACAUCGUCAUACGCCGCGGCCUACUACUACAAGCAUAUUGCACCAGGAAGCUGGCGUGUGGCCUACAUGCUUCAACCUUGUCACGUGUUGACUGCUUGGAUUGCUAUUUUGAGCGUCCUGCCAGGCCGAUGGGCCAACUACAUCUUUCAGGUCAUGGUAACACUGACCUGGUCUUCUGUGGUGGCCAUGGCAUUUCCGGACUUGAGCGACUACACUCAUGUCGGCGACAUGUUUAACUAUUGGUACGAACACGCCCUCAUCCUGGUGCUUCCCAUUGUCCUCAGCCGAACUGGGAGGUUUACCUUCCUUGGCAACUGGCAUUUCAUCGUAUUGGGGUACGCCACCACGGGGCUGUAUCACUGCGUGUGUCUCCAAGUGGCUGCUUUAGCGACGAAUGUGAACGUUGCCACGAUGGCGGUACGUAAUCAAUCAGCUAGUACCGGUAGAUGCUGCGAACGUGUGCCACUCAUCGUUGAAUGUAGUCGCCGCCUGCAAUCUUGGCACACUUGGGCGUGUACUACCGCGCCGUGCAAUAUGUCAUGUGCUUUGUGCUGCAUCUUGUGUACAACUUGAUCAUUGUAGUCGGAUGCUACAUGCUGUCCACCAAGCAACUCAAAACAGCGUAGCCACCAUGACCUGUCAAAUUCGGAUUGUGAAUCUUCAGAUAUUAGUUGUGGGUUGAAAAAAUCCAGCUGUUUGGUGAAUUGUCAUUUCGAAAUCACCAUUUUGAGCUAUAUCA